AUGUGGUCUAUUUAUGUUCUUUUGAUAUCUCUGAUAUCAAGAGUGCUCUCUGCUACUGAUGGUAGUUUUGUUAUUAGCGACCCAACCUAUGUAUACAAUGGUGAUAUUAAUGUGCCUGAUGCCGGAUACAUCCUGAACACUGGAGGUAUUGCUAAAGAAAUUACUGUCAAUGGUAAUAUCAACGUUGCUACUUAUUUCUCUGUGGUAUCAGCUGGUCACACAGGAGGACCAGGAUACUUUUUCACUUAUCAUGGAGGUUCAAUAUCUGUGCCAGGUAAUGGUAUGGAGAUUUCAAACAAUCAAGCUACGGGACCUUCGACUAUUGUAAUGACUGGUGAUUCUUUUACUGGCCGUGGUUUUGUCUUUUCCACGCCAGUUAAACAAGGAAGUACUGCAUAUCUGGACUUUGGCAGUAUAGAUGUUGAAGAAAGUAAGAUUUAUGACUUCCAAUCUUUGCAAUUGUCGCCACGUACAAAACAUAAGUUAGGUGAAUUUACAUUACACAACUCUGACAUGUUUUUUGAAGGAGCUGUUCAAAUCGAUUCUGAUGAUACUAUAAUUGCGUCUGAUGGCUCAACUUUAUGGUUCGAUAGCCCUGAUGAAACCAAAUUUGAUGGUGCUGUUUGGAUGGGACAGGGUGACAGAAAUACUUUUAAUGCUAUAAAUGUGAAAGACAGUGUCGCCACCAAACCAUUUAAUGUCAAAAUACGUUCCCUGUAUGAAUAUCCAUUUUAUAUGUCGUUCGACACAACGAUACAGUCAUACAAAUUGGGUGCUAUAGUACCAGACAAGGAUAUUGGGUGCUAUCUGCCAUUAACUAUCCAGACAAACAAGAAUACACAUACCUUUUACUUAAUCACAAAUGACGAUCUUGACUUCUGUGACACUAGAUGUAUUGGCCAGGUAAACUUCAUACAACAGAAAAGAACGGUAAACAAGAAUGGCACCAUGGUGGACUUAGAUAGUGUCUACUUCGAAUGGGCUAUAAGACGGAAUUGUCCAAUUCGUUCAGAUAAAGUGAUUACGAGAACCAGCCUCGAACCUUGUUCUGUUUAUGAAACAUACGAGAUCAUUUAUUCUAACUUUGAGCAUUCUCUUCAUCAUACAAACUUAGGUAACUCAACCUCGUGCCCAUUUUUCACCACCACUGUCUCGAAAGACCGUCUAGUGGAGGUUGAUAUUAUUACGUACUACAUUGCGUCAGAUGAUACUGGGCAACACAUUGCUACUAAAACUGUCACGGUCAAGGUGGAAGAGCCAGACUACACGACGACUUACACGUCUGAUGGGCACACGAUCACCGAGGUAGUGUCGCACAUCACCACUACUGAUUCUGACGGGAAGACGGUAACGAUCACCACCACGAUGGCGUCGUUCGACCAGGUGGACGAGGGAGUGUUCACGUCGCCUGAGCCAUACUCGCAGCCACCUGUUGUGACGAGCACAGUUACUGAGGAUGACGGAAGCUCUAAGACGGUUGUGAUCUCGUACUUCCCAUCUGAGGGUGAGGACGGAGUGACCCGCACUGGCACCACCACCAUCUCCACCAUCACACCUGCUGAGCAAGACUACACCACCACCAUCACCUCCGAUGGGCACACGAUCACUGAGGUUGUGUCGCACAUCACCACUACUGAUUCUGACGGGAAGACGGUGACGAUCACGACGACGAUGGCGUCGUUCGCGCAGGUGGACGAGGGAGUGUUCACGUCGCCUGAGCCAUACUCGCAGCUACCUGUUGUGACGAGCACAGUUACUGAUGAUGACGGAAGCUCGAAGACGGUUGUGAUCUCGUACUUCCCAUCUGAGGGUGAGGACGGAGUGACACGUACUGGGACGACGACGGUGUCGACGAUCAUUCCAGAGGAACCAGACUACACCACGACGAUCGACAAGGACAACGGUGACUUCGAGACAGACCUCGUCUCCCACAUCACCACGAAGGACUCCAACGGCAAGCCUACCACCAUCGUCACCACGAUCCCAUUGAAGCCAAGUGAUGGCGGGGAGGCGGACUACACCUCUGUGUUUGUCUCUGAUGGACACACCAUUACUAAGAUUGUUACGCAUGUGACCACCACGGACUCCCUUGGCCACACAGUUGUGCUAUCCUCUACGUACCUGACUUACGACCGUGUGGACGACGGUGCGGUGUUCUACUCUCCUAGUGUGUCUGUGUCGUCUAACGUUUCUCGUUCAGUAGACACCUCUAUGGUGCCUACUGGUGGUUCUGGUGUUAGCUCUGGUCCUAGCUCUGGUCCUAGCUCUGCUCCUAGCUCUGCUCCUAGAUCUAUUUCUAGCUCCAUUUCUAGCUCCAACUCGAGACCUAGUUCCAAUCCUACCGGCUCCAAUUCUAGUUCGAAGCCUAGCUCUAAUCCUGGUGGUUCUAACGGUAAUACCAAUGGUGGUUCUAACUCUGGUUCUAACUCUGGUACUAACUCUGGCUCCAACUCUGGCUCCAACUCAGCUUCCAACUCUGGCUCUAACAGUGGUACCAAGCCUGGUUCCAACUCUGGUUCCAACUCUGGUUCCAACUCUGGUUCCAAUGCUGGCUCCAAUGCUGGCUCCAAUGCUGGCUCCAAUGCUGGCUCCAAUGCUGGCUCCAAUGCUGGCUCUAACAGUGGUACCAAGCCUGGUUCUAAUUCAGGUUCUAACUCUGGCUCUAAUGCUGGCUCCAACUCUGGCUCUAACAGUGGUACCAAUUCAGGUACUAACUCUGGUUCCAACUCUGGUUCCAACUCUGGCUCCAAUGCUGGCUCUAAUGCUGGCUCCAACUCUGGCUCUAACAGUGGUACCAAUUCAGGUACUAACUCUGGCUCCAAUGCUGGCUCUAAUGCUGGCUCCAACUCUGGCUCUAACAGUGGUACCAAUUCAGGUACUAACUCUGGUUCCAAUGCUGGCUCCAACUCUGGCUCCAACUCUGGCUCUAACUCUGGCUCCAACUCUGGCUCCAACUCUGCGUCUGCUGUCAGAGGUGGUUCGGGUAGCGGAGCAGCCACUGUUUCAGUCAGUUCUUCAUACAUUGGGUCUGUGUUCCAUGGUGAAGCUGCACAGAGCGGUGCCAACUUUGUUUCCUUUGCUAUUGCAGGACUGGUCAUGGCGCUGUUCUAA